ACAACUGGUUGGUCUAGCUGGCUAGAUAAAUCACUUUUUCUAUACCUGUAAAUUAGUUAAAGUUAGCUUUGAUUAAUUUUUCAGUUGAAUUUCUUUAAAUAGAAAUGAAAGCAGUAUGAUGGAAUUUAGUAGAAUACUAUUUUUAAUACAACAACAAUACUAGAAACAAUUUCAAAUAAAUUUUUUUUGUUUUAAUUUAUUUAUAUCUUGUGUUUAUUUACCUGUUGGAUUGUUUUUUUUUUUGUUUUUUUUUUUUUUUUAUGUACACCAGCGCCAUUAACAAUACAAAUUACAAAAUGGUAUUACUAACUGUCAUAAUAAUAAACAAUAUCAAUAAAAAAAAUAUUUAAAUAAUUCAAUAUGAAAAAUAAACAAGAUUUAUCUAAUAAUGAAAAUAGUGUAGAUGAUACAUCAGAGGCAAAAAUUGAUAAACAUCGAUCAAUUAUUUUUCAAAGACGUUCAUUAGCUCCAAUUCAACAACAAGAUGAAGUAUCUAAUGAAAAUAACGAAACAACAAAUGAGCAAACAUUUGAUAUUAUUGAAUAUAUUCAAAAAUUAAAAAAUGAACGUGAAAUAUGGACAAAAACAUUGCGAGAACGUAAAUCGAAAUUUCGACGUAUUGAUAAAAAAAUUAGGAAUCAUAUGAAUAAUACAAAUUUAGAUUUAUCAAUAUUAUCUGAUGAACAAAAAAAAUAUAUUCAAUCAAAACCAAAUUAUGAAAAAAUAUCAAGUAACAUAAAUAAUUUGAUUGAUGUUGCUGUUAAAGAAACAAUAAUAAACGAAACAAUAAAUCAUUUAAAAAAAAAUUUAGAUGAACAAAUUAAAAGGGAUAUUAAUUUAUACACUAAAAAAAUUAUAUUACUUGACAACAAUAUAUAGUUUUUUUUUUAUUAUUAAAAUUAUAUAAAAAAAAAAAAAGAAAAAUGAUUAAUAUAAAUUAAAUACAAUAUUUAUGUUGUUUUUUUUUUUCUCAUUGAUUUACGUUCACGAUAUGCUAAAUAUUCUUUUCUUGCAUUACUUGUACGUAAUUCAAGUAUAUGAUUAAUUUUUUUAACAAUAUUAUCAGCAACAGUUGUUUCAGCUUCAAAUUCAUGUUUUUUAAAUGUAACUAAAAGCAAAAAAAAAAAAUAAUAUAUAUAUUUAUAAAAAGGUAAAUAAAAAAUAAAUAAUAAUUACCAUUUGAUGAAUCAGAAAA